AUGUCGUCCUGCAGCCGCGUGGCGCUGGUGACCGGGGCCAACAAAGGCAUCGGCUUCGCCAUCGCGCGCGACCUGUGCCGGCAAUUUUCGGGGGACGUGGUGCUCACGGCGCGGGACGCGGCGCGGGGCCGGGCAGCAGUGCAGCAGCUCCAGGCCGAGGGCCUGAGCCCCCGCUUCCACCUGCUGGACAUCGACGACCUGCAGAGCAUCCGCGCCCUGCGCGACUUCCUGCGCAAGGAGUACGGGGGCCUCAACGUGCUGGUCAACAACGCGGGCAUAGCCUUCCAGCCUGAUGAUCCAACACCCUUUGACAUUCGAGCUGAGAUAACACUGAAGACAAACUUUUUUGCCACAAGGAAUGUCUGCAUAGAAUUACUGCCAAUAAUAAAACCUCAUGGCAGGGUGGUGAAUAUCAGCAGUUUAGAGGGCUCCAAAGCUCUUGAAAAUUGCAGCCCAGAUCUACAGAAGAAGUUCCGAUGCGAGACACUCACAGAAGGGGACCUGGUGGACCUCAUGAAAAAGUUUGUGGAGGAUGCAAACAAUGAAGUGCACGAGAGGGAAGGCUGGCCCAACUCGGCUUAUGGGGUGUCCAAGCUGGGGGUCACGGUCUUAUCAAGGAUCUUGGCCCGGCGUCUGGAUGAGAAGAGAAAAGCGGACAGGAUUCUGCUGAACGCUUGCUGCCCGGGGUGGGUAAAAACGGACCUGGGUGGGCCUUGUGGCCCCAGGACUGUGGAGGAGGGAGCUGAGACCCCUGUCUACUUGGCCCUCCUGCCUCCAGAUGCUACCGAGCCUCAUGGCCAGCUAGUCCAUGACAAAGUCGUCCAAAACUGGUGAAUGUCUGCUUUGGUGCUUAAUGCUUAAUAAACAUUUGUGGAGUGAAUGA